AUGCCUGAACCCUCUUUUUGGGAUCUCUUUUCCGCACGUGGGCCGUCCGGCCCUCUGGUUCUACGACGUUCCAGUCCAUACAAUCAUUUUCAUGUCUUUCGUAUUCUCCGCCUCAUCUUCUGGACCUGGUUCACCAUCCUCAACCUCUUCUUUUUUGGGGAGGUGUUUGGCAUCAGAUACGUGUUGUACAAGUCUCUCAUCAUUGAACGUCAAUCAAGGAUUCUCUCUUCGACAUUAUCUCCAGAUGUUAUUCCCAUGUCAACACAAAUCCUGCACGAUCACGCCACAUGGCGCGAAACUCUUGUGCCUAUCCUCACCACCGUUUACAAAAUUAGGCCGGAAACGCUGCUCCCAGUUCUCGAUGAACAACUAGGCGAAAUCAGAAGAGGUCUCGGAGAGUGGGACGGAGGGAGUCUCCCAGGGUAUGAGUCAAAGCUGCGCGAGGAUAUGGUGGAAAUACUCAGCAGCGUUCCUCGGUCCAAGACGUGGAAAGAUUUGUCAAGCGAAGCAGCUGUGCUUUUGGCUGGCGGAUCACCUCGCUACUACGCUUGGCGGAUACGCCAUGACAGUACGCCAAAUGACAAAGUCAAGAGUCUUUAUGUGUACUGGGCCGAGACAAAGCAAAAAAACUUUGCCGUACUUGAACAUCUCGAGACGUUGGACGCUGGUUUCCGACGUUUGCAAGACCUUGAGAAGAUUCUGAUGCGGGCGCGUGAAGCGUUGCUCGCACAAAAAGGAAAAAUCAAGAGGAAAAGAGGUUUAACAGUUAAAUCGGACCCCAAGUUUUUAGAUGCAGUCAAUUUUACACUGGAACAAAUCACACCCCAGACAACCGCCCUGGGGCAUGCUAUCUCACGGGCUGUCACCACGUUUCACACACUCCACGCGAACAUCUCCCGACAGGAGAGUCUAUGGGCGCAGCACACAAACGGAAUAUGGGGAGUUAUUGAGGCUGAUGUGCCGGAUGUUUUGGAAUCUCAGGCUGACCAAGGAGAAGCGGCUUGGCGUUCAAUUAGGGAUGAGCCGGAUGAAGCAUGGGUUCGGAAAAACGAAGAGAGGCUCGCGGGUGUGGAGAUGGGUUACUUGAGAGCGUGA